ACGGACAAAGUGGCCACAAUAGCGCAUUUUUUUUUUAUUUUUGUGGAAAUGCGCUAAAAAAUGCCGAACCUUACUCUAGAGUCUAGACUUAUACAGGUACUGUCAAGUAUCUUAAGUACUUCAAAGUAUCUUAGUUACUUUCAGGUACCUAAGAUACAUUCAUAUAAUUUAGUUACAGUAUCUAGAUACCGAUGUCAAGAUACUUUUUAUGUGAACUUGCAUCUAUUUGCAACGACUGAACCAAUAUCCCCUGUGAUUUUCACCAUACAGCUUAGGUAUAUGCUUUGGCUACCUUAUUAAACUCUCAGCCUUUGUGUCUAAGUUGUCAUGCUGUGAAAAUAAAUGCAUUAUUAUUAUUAUUAAGUAUUAUUAUUACGCAUAGUAAAUAGUUACUUUUUGUUAGAAGUAACUAUAAUGUAACUAGAUACUUUUUGCGAGUAUCUUUUACAGGUCUGAGUAUAGGUAAUGUGGCAAAGUGGAUAUCUGAUCAAUGUUUAACAACGUCUAUUACAUAAUCGCACCAAACAUAAAAGAGAUCUUUAAUAUGCUUUCUUGUAGAAAUUUAAAUAUUCAAACAAGGAAGCGCAAAGUCGCUGCUUACACUGUCGCUUUACAUCUCAAGUACGAGCUUGCUUAUUAGUGCGUACACAAUAUCCUACAUUCCUCGUAUUUUGAGGAAGUACAUUAUCCACCUAUGCUUACUUUCGAUUAUGCAGAGCAAUUUUACGUGUCAAGUGAAAUGAACCAUUAAGGAGUUAUAAAAUGGAAAUGAGAACAUUUUCGGUUAAGUACCUACCGGACUUUCGGUUUCGAUAGCACACACAAAUUUUAGUACGCUUUAAUUAAUUAUUUUCUGAAGAUUGAUUACAUAUCAAUAUUCAAUAACUCAAUUAAUGCGUUGAUUAAUAACAUUAACAUUUAUUGGUUUUUAUUUAUGUAGAGCAUUUUACCGUGAGCGUUAACCUUCUCCUUUUCACCUUUUGCUAACUUGCUAAUGUAGGUACUAGAGUUUUUGUUUUAUUUUGUUCACUCGAUUAUCCUGUUCAGAAACUUUUUCGGAUAAUUUCCGCAGGUUUUGUAUAUUUAUGAAUACAAUAACGAAAAUUAAAAUAAUGAUAAUUAAUCUGAAAAGGUAAACACCAGCCAAAGCACAAACUGAAUACAAUGAUGAAAAGAACAUUCUAGACCAAAAUUAAGAUGGAUCUACAAUAGUUACUACCAAAUGAAACGGUCUUAGAAGAGAUAAUAAUAAUAACAUGACACGUGAUGACAUACACAGAAGAAAGAUAGAGUCCUUAGUCACAUUACUGAACAUUUUGCAGUUGUAUAUACUUACGUAAAACUUAAAUGGCGGUACAAUGCGAAAUAAACGCUAGCAGGAAUGAAGAAACGGAUCAUGAAAAGAACAAAAUCCAAGUAAAAAGUAACAAAGAAGAGAUAAAGUUCCUUUCUCAAAUGUGAGGAAUCCAAAAAACGAAAUGAGGAAAAGAAGAAAAGGCUGAAAAAUAAUAAUAAUACCACCCUUAUUUAUAAUAAAAUAGGAUGUAAAAUAAAUAAACCUACAAUGUAGAGGCGAAGUUCAGGAGAGCUGCUCUUCCCCUUAACCUCUAGGAUUAUAUAAAGUGUAAAUCAGCGUACUUCGGACUAAACGCCAUCUGUUAAAAACUGGAUGGCAAGUAUAGGUAUACCACGGUAUGAGGGAAGCUUAAAAAAAUAGCUUCUUUUUUAAUUAAUAUAAUCUAGGAUUUUUCAAGCUGCUUUUGGAACCGAAACAUUGACAUUUUUUUCUUGAAGGAUGACAAGGUAGAGCUUCUGUGUUUCGGUAUUGUAUUUCUGGGGAGUCAUUUUUUUACCUUAAUGCAGAUGUCCGGGCGACCAAAGAAAAGAUCGAUAAGUACGAUGCAGAUACGUGAAAGACAAGGAUGUGAUUUGGUAUAAUUUGAACAAGAUUAUUAAGAAAGUUAUCCCUCGGGGUUGUUUUACUGUAGGUAUACAGAAUACGUAUUCCUCAUGGUGUCGUAAUUACCUUAACUAAGCUUAAGCAAACAUCAAGUGGUAAAUUUAAAUACGUUGACUAGAAUCUCGAUUACACAAGAUAAUAGUAAUCAGCGGCCCACGACGAUAACAAAUCUACUGUUUUGAAUUUCACAAGACCCGGGGCCACAAAUCACAAGAUACCAAGAACUAUAUGAUAACGCCAAAUUAAACAAACCACAUCAUUUUUUUUUUGUAUAGAGGAAGUACCUCUGAUAUAACUAUACCUGAAUACUGGUUACCUGUUUUGUAUUAAAUAUGUUGGAAAUAAAGCACAUUAUAAUAGAUACUGAUCCUGGUAUUGACGACUUACACGCAAUUUUAAUGUUUUUGGCGGCCGAGAAGAGAAACGAGGUUAAAAUUGUGGCAAUUACGGUUACAGCAGGUAAUACAGAUGUAAAUAAUGGAUGCAGAAAUGUCGUGAGUCUUUUGGAAAAAGCGUGUCGAACUGAUAUCCCCGUAUAUAAAGGAGCCUCUAAGAACUUGAUAUCCGAAGAUUGCGAUUUUCUUCAGUAUUAUGGUCGAGAUGGUCUUGGGAACACUGGGUAUGCUAACAAUGCAAACUUGGACAUACUACGGGAUGAGCCAUCCUCGUUGGCAAUCAGACGCUUAGUGAAAGAAAAUCGAGGACUGAUAACUCUUGUUUGUUUAGGACCUCUGACAAACAUAGCCCUUGCCGCCAAAACUGACGAUGACUUUUACAUGAACCUGAAGGAAAUCUUUAUCAUGGGUGGCACUAUUAGAGGGAAGGGAAAUGUAACUUUAAUGGCCGAGUUUAAUUUUUACUUUGACCCAGAAUCAGUGUACAGUUUUUUACACACUGUAACAUGCCCAACGACAAUUUUGCCGUUUGAACCAGUCUUAGAAGUUGCACUGCCUGCGACUUGGCGCUUUGAGGUUUUGCCCAAUCUUACUCCAGAGAUGAAAUUUCUUACUGCCGCCGAGAAAAGCUUUUACAAAUUUAAAAACGGAGGCGGAGGUAAAGAUGUGUGGACUUCUGCAGACGGAUGUCUGGCUUUAAUAGUGCUGCAUCCUGAGGCAGUCCUUCGCAGUUGUGAAUACCAUAUGAGCAUUGAACUGCAUGGUAAAAGAACUCGAGGACAGUGUAUAUUAGACCACACCAAAGAGCGGAAAUCAAAUGUUACUGUUGUCGAAGAAAUUUCGCAGGAGCUCUUGGUGAAUGCGUUAAUAGAAACUCACUCGCGCAGUUGAGCACAUAUAUCUUUAUUGCUAAACAUUUAAGUAUUAAGAUCACCUUGUAAAUAAUAAACCCAUUUAAUGUGAGAAACACGUUCCUCUCUAGGAUAAAUCGUCAGCUUUCCGGCGAUUGAAUACUUGCGAUC